UACUUACUGUUUUGCUGCCAUGGAAGCAGAACAGAAGGGUGGGGUUAUAAUACUUGAUCUUGAUAACAAUCCCAGUGAGACUGCAAAGGUGGCUCCAGGAGCUACUAUUCACAGUUACUCUGAGCUUAGUGUUGGCGACUCGUCGCCAUCUUCUCCUCCUCUUUCUGCUUCUUCAUCUUCUUGCUUCAAGAAGGAGAAAGUGGAGGCGCCAUUUGUGAGGAAGAUUUAUGACAUGGUGAAUAACCCCAACACAGACUCCAUUGUUUCCUGGAACUCGGAUGGAUCCCGCCUUGUCGUUUGGGAUGCUCAUAAGUUUGCUGCAGAAAUCCUGCCCACCUACUUUCGCCACAGCAAUUCCUCAACCUUUUUCUGCCAACUCAACGCAUAUGGUUUCAGGAAAGCGGAUUGGGAUAGAUGGGAGUUCCAGCACCAAUGGUUUCGGAGAGGGAAGAAGACUUGGCUCAAUAAAAUCAAGAGAAGAACUACCAGAAGUUCACGACGGGUGCCACAGGAGCAGAAGCAGAAGCAUCAACCCCCACACGACGAAGAGACGAGUGGAGUGAAAGCAGAAAAGGAAAUCAAAGAAAUGUUGGAUGAGCAAAACGGUAUGAAAAUGGAAAUCAAACAGCUCCAAGAAAACCAAGUAAUUCUGGCAAAGAAGUUAGCCUCCAUUAGACAAGCAGAGACCCCAGAUGUGAAGGGAAGAAAGCUGUUUCUGCUCAUGGCACAAGAUUUUCUUGAAAGUACAAAGGGCAAAACCCCAGUAGAAGAAGAAUCACCAAAUUCCAUUCAAGAGAACAAGGAAAGCAACGAUGUUUUAGCCCGGAGUGAUACAAAUUCCAGAAGUGAAAGCCAUACAAGAAUGGAGAAGUUGGUGGAGGAAGGGGAAGACAUUAUGAUCGGAGUAGAGAAUUUGCUUGAAGGGCCAGCUGAUUGGGAGGAUUAUGUGAAGAAACUUGAGGAGAAAGGAGCUGAUCUUAAAACCAGGCCAUGAAAACAUCAUUAUAUUGAUCGAUAUACAUAUGUUCUUGUACGUCCUGUUCCAAGACUAUAAUGCAUUUUAAUAUUUGCAGAAUCUACACUGGCACAUUUCUGCAAUACAUGUCUAACCAAUGAUUAGCCAUGGCUGAGUAGGAGCUACUCUAUGUUUAUAUAACCAAAAUGUUAAUAAUCCAACUGUUAAGGAUGUUUUGUUUAAUGAUCAAGGCGUGAAUAGGACUCAUAUCAUUAAUUAUUUCACUUAAAAAAGUGAA